UAUUCGCUAGAACUGUUGUUUGUUUAGAGUUAUAUCUAUCUAUUUAUCUACCAUAUAUAUUCGAUACAACAAACACUCGUUAAUUCACGUCAAACAUAACAAACUCAGAUUAACCCUAGAAACAUCUACAUACCUCUAUAUAUAUAUUUAUAUAUAGAGAGAGAGGAAGAAACAAAGCAAGUUAGAGAGAGAGAGAACAUCAUGGCUGGUCUACCAAGAUCUGAAGUAUCAUUCAGAAGAUCAGGUUCAUCUGGUCUUGUUUGGGAUGACAGAUUCUUAUCAGGAGAAUUAAACAAACUCAAGCAAGAAGAAGAAGAUAAUACUACUAAUAAUUCCAAAGAGCUUCGUGUGAAAACCACCGUACAAAGAAGCCAUUCCACCGGUGCUGGAAGAGGAUACCGUACCGGAAAAGUUUCACCAGCGAUCGAACCACCGUCUCCAAAGGUCUCCGCGUGUGGAUUCUGUAGUCCUUUUGGGAAAAAGGGUCAACGAUCAAAGCCCGGUAAACGUCGGUCGAGGUAGGUAUGGUAGCUUGUUGUUGAAUUGAAUCAUAGUGAGUGUUUUCCGGUGGCCGGAAAAGGGAUAUUCCGGUGAGUAGGGUGAGUUUUUUUGAGUUGAGUUCAUAAGAAGAAGAAUAAAUAACAGAGUUGUGAAUUUUAGCUCUCUGUUUUUACUUUUGCUCUUUUGUGUCUCAGUUUAUAGCUUUUUUUUUUUAUAUAUAUUGUGUUUGGAUUAAUUGUUGGCUUGUAAUUAUUAUGUGCAUAAUAAUAGUUGUGUUUAAACAUCAAUAGUAACAUAAAAUUAUAGAAUCGAAAA